AAAACAAAAUGGCGGAUUUUCAGAAAACGGGUUCAGAGCUGCAGACCAUAAAGCAGUUAAAAUAAACCUGCAAAUGAAUAUAUACUGUAAUGAUCUAGAUUUGCAAAGAAGCCAUUAUCGCACAUUUGAAUAGGAUUUGUUUCUUUUUAAUUCGUUUAACUUUCUCCUGUUGGUGUUUAACGGCCGCAUUUGUAGCUUUACAAAGCCACCAUGGCUGAGGAGCGGAGGCCGAAGCAGUGCACUGUGGUUCUGCCCACGGAGUCAAUGAAGGCCAUGGCAGAGUCCAUAGGAGUGGGGCAGCUACAGGAGGAGAGCUGUGCCGCCCUGAGCGAGGAGGUCAGCUACAGAAUAAAGGAGAUCGCCCAGGACGCGUUGAAGUUUAUGCACCAUGGAAAGAGAUGUAAACUGACGACCAGCGACAUAGAUUAUGCUCUUAAACUGAAGAAUGUAGAGCCUCUCUAUGGCUUCCAGUCGCAGGAAUUCAUCCCGUUCCGCUUCGCCAGUGGAGGAGGGAGAGAGCUUCACUUCUACGAGGAGAAGGAGGUAGACCUCAGUGACAUCAUCAACACACCCCUCCCUAGAGUCCCCCUUGACGUUUCGCUCAAAGCUCACUGGUUAAGUAUUGAAGGUGUCCAGCCUGCGAUACCAGAGAACCCACCCCCAGCCCCCAAAGAGCAGCAGAAGACUGAAUCUACAGAGCCUCUCAAAGCCGUCAAGCCUGGUCAGGAGGAGGAGGGCUCCACCCAGAAGGGCCAGGGAGCUACAUCUGCAGAGGCUAAAGGAAAGAAGGAUGGUCUGAUGAGGAUGAAGCCCCGCAGUACUCACGAGCUCUCAGUGGAACAGCAGCUCUACUACAAGGAGAUCACGGAGGCCUGCGUCGGGUCCUGUGAGGCCAAGAGAGCUGAGGCCCUACAGAGUAUCGCCACAGACCCCGGGCUCUACCAGAUGCUUCCCAGAUUCAGCACUUUUAUUUCUGAAGGGGUCCGUGUGAACGUGGUGCAGAACAACCUGGCCCUGCUCAUCUACCUGAUGAGGAUGGUCAAGGCCCUCAUGGACAACCCCACUCUCUACCUAGAGAAAUAUCUGCAUGAGUUGAUCCCAGCGGUGGUGACGUGUAUAGUGAGUAAGCAGCUGUGUUUGCGGCCUGACGUGGACAACCACUGGGCUCUGAGGGACUUCGCUGCCCGUCUGAUGGCCCAGAGCUGUAAGACCUUCAGCACCACCACCAACAACAUCCAGUCGCGCAUCACUAAGACCUUCACCAAGAGCUGGUUGGAUGACAAGACUCAGUGGACGACACGCUACGGCUGUAUCGCUGGACUGUCUGAACUAGGACCUGACGUGAUCAAGACGUUGAUCCUGCCCAGGCUCACUGUAGAAGGAGCUCGUAUCAAAGCUGUGUCUGAUGGACCUGUUGUCUCCAACAUUGAUAAGAUAGGAGCAGACCACGUCCAAAACCUUCUACUGAAACACUGUGCCAGCGUCAUCGCUAAAGCUUGUCCCCUGCCUGACAACGUGGAGCAGUACCGGGCAGACUACGGUUACCUGGGGCCCAUGCUGUGUUCUCAUGUGGUCAAGGCCAGGGCCCAGGCAGCACUACAGGCCCAGCAGGUCAACAGAACCACACUCACCAUCACACAGCCUCGGCCCACCCUAACGGUGUCUCAGAGCGGAAUAGGAGGGUCAGGGGGGUCCCGUACCCCCAGCAUCAUCAAGGUACCCAGCUCCCUCACCCUCAUGUCCACCCGACCAGGCACCCCAACACAGCCAUCGCCCCCGGCAACCAAGUACAUCGUCAUGGCAACCAGCUCAGGAUCAUCUUCCACCCAGCAGGUGAUCACUCGGACUUCCUCCUCAGUGACCAGCACGGUCGCCAGCGCUACCUCCACGCUGCAGCCUCUGGUCAAGCUGGAGUCCGGAGGGUCGCGACCCCUCCAGAAGUACAUUGUGGUGUCCCUCCCCUCGUCCUCCUCUCUGGAAAGUAAGAGUGGGGUGCUCCCUCCCUCUUCUUCCACCUCCCCCAUCUUGCUGGAAGCCAGGAUAAAGGUGGAUUGCUCAGACUCCCCUGGCGCCAGCACACAGUCCCCGCACUGAGACUCUGCGUGUGUCCCAAAUGGCAAACAAUUCCCUUUAUAGUGCACUACUGUUGACCAGUGCCCAUAGGGCUCUGGUCAAAAGUAGUAUGCUAUAUAAGGAAUAGGGUGCCAUUUGACACUGGCUUGUAAUUGGCUGAGUGGGGUGAGACAGCCAUCUGAUUGGCUGAUAACAGAGACUAGGUGCCUGGGAGCGAGGACUUUUGGUGCAGGUGUGGAAACUAGCUUCUGGAGUAGCAAAGGAAUUGUCAGAAAUCGGGGGAUGUGGCAAGAAAAAGUAUGUGAACCCUUUGGAAAUACCUGGAUUUCUGCAUAAAUUGGUCAUAAAAUUUGAUCUGAUCUUCAUCUAGGUCACAACAAUAGACAAACAUGUAACACACAAACAAUUAUGUGUUUUCAUGUAUUUAUUGAACACACUGUGUAAACAGCGUGUAAAAAGUAUGUGAACCCUUGGAUUUAAUAACCGGUUGACCCUCCUUUGGCAACAAUAACCUCAACCAAAGAUUUUCUAUAGUUGCUGAUCAGACCAGCACAACGGUCAGGAGGAAUUUUGGACCAUUCCUCUUUACAAAACUGUUUCAGUUCAGCAAUAUUCUUGGGAUGUCUGGUGUGAACUGCUCUCUUGAGGUCAUGCCACAGCAUCUAAAUCAGGUUGAGGUCAGGACAAUGACUGGGCCACUGUUGAAGCCAUUCUGUUGUUGAUUUACUUCUGUGUUUUGGGUCGUUGUCCUGUUACAUCUCCCAACUUCUGCAGAGCUUCAGUUGGCGGAUAGAUAUCAAGACAUUUUGCAGAAGAAUGUUAGGCUAAACUUGGGAAUUCAUUUUUCCGUCGAUGAUAGCAAGCUGUCCAGGCCCUGAGGCAGCAAAGGAGCUCCAAACCAUGAUGCUCCCUCCACCAUACUUUACAGUUGGGAUGAGGUUUUUAUGUUGGUGUGCUUUGCCUUUUUUUCUCCAUACAUAGUGUUGUGUGUUCCUUCCAAACAACUAAACUGUAGUUUAAUCUGUCCACAGAACAUCCAGGAGAACUUUUGCAAACUUCAGAUGUGCAGCAAUGUUUUUUCUGGACAGCAGUGGCUUCUUCUGUGGUGUCUUCCCCUGAACACUAUUCUUAUUUAGUGUUUUACGUUUCAUAGACUCGUCAACAGAGAUGUUAGCAUGUUCCAGAGAUUUCUGUAAGUCUUUAGCUGACACUAGGAUUCUUCUUAACCUCAUUGAGCAUUCUGCGCUGUGCUCUUGCAGUCAUCUUUGCAGGACGGCAAAUCCUAGGGAGAGUAGCAACAGUGCAGAACCUUUUUCAACAACGUCUUACCGUGGACUGAUGAACAUCAAGUCUUUUAGAGAUACUUUUGUAACCCUUUCCAGCUUUAUGCAAGUGAACAAUUCUUAAUCGUAGGUCUUCUGAGAUCUCUUUUGUUCGAUGUAUGGUUCACAUCAGGCAGUGCUUAUUAAUAGCAAACUCAAAUUUUGUGAUUGUUUUUUAUAGGGCAAGGCAGCUCUAACUAACAUCUCCAAUCUCGUCUCAUUGAUUGGACUACAGGUUACCUGACUCCAAUGAGCUUUUGGAGAAGUCAUUAGUCACAUACUUUUUCCAACCUACACUGUGAAUGUUUCAAUUAUGUAUUCAAUAUAGAAAAAAUACAAUAAUGUGUGUGUUAUUAGUUUAAGCAGACUGUGUUUGUCAGUUGUGACUUAGAUGAAGAUCAGAUCAAAUUUGAUGACCAAUUUUGCAGAAAUCCAGGUAAUUCCAAAGGGUUCACAUACUUUUUCUUGCCACCAUAUGUGAAAAUAUGAUGGGUGCGUGCAGUAAAGUCCACAAAUAGCAUCUCUUUUCCUUAUUGUACAUAUAGUCACACUCGCCUAAAAGCUGUGUGGGCAUUUAUAAUGGUUCAACCAACAUUCUAAUUGAUUUCAUGUUCCUUUUUUUACACCCUAUAAUAAAACUGAUGUUGUAAUGAUUC